AUGAAGCAAGUUAUUUCGAACUGCAAUUCCGGUACUUUAAUUGAUUUGGUAUUUUCUUGGAGUCUUCAAGAUGUACUCAAUCAUGAGCUAUACAAAACCCAGGUGAAAGAAAUUCCGCUUUCAUUUUCCUCAGAGCAGCAUUAUUUUGAUUCAUUUAAAUUUCCGAUAUUGGAAGAAACAAGAGCUGAACUGUCUUCCAAGCUACAAACUAUAUCCAGAGCCCCAUAUGCUGAAAUUGAAUCACUAGAGGAGACCAAUGCACAUGGAAAAUCAUGUGUUUAUAACAUCAAGGUUGAUUUUUGGAUAAACAACCAUGAUAGUGUUUAUUUGGAAGCAGCACUGGGAAAGAAAUGGAUAUUGGCCUUGGCUGAAACAGUUCUGGAAGAUAAUUUUUCCUUGAAAGUAAAAGCUUCUCAUUUUCAUGUGAUUGGUGCAGAAAAUGUUGUUGGGAAACAAUUAUUUUUGGUUUUCUUGAUGAAUAUAACAACAAAUGAAAGAAUAUGGAAUUCCCUCCAAAUGUAUGGAAAUAUAUCAAUCAUCAGGGAAGUUUUGUGUUCAGAGCAGGUGAAGGAGAAUAUGAGGCUUUGUUCUGAGCAGCAGAAUUGUUGCUUGGUGAAAGAGUGUGAUGCAACUUUGUUGUCGAAUCUAAAUGAAUCACAGAAAAAGGUAGUUAUGGAUACACUUUGUAAAGUUCAGUGCAACUGCAAAGCUAGUGUUCAACUUAUAUGGGGUCCACCAGGGACAGGGAAAACUAAAACCCUUAGUGUUUUGCUCCUCAAUUUGUCAAAUAUGAAUUGUAGGAUUCUUGUUUGUACCCCAAGAAACAUUGCAGUUGCAGAAUUGGGUGUCCAGUUUCUAAAGCUAGUUAAAGAGUCAUACAAGACAAGGAAUGUGAAGGAUUCUUUGCACCAUUCAUGGGGUGACGUUCUAGUAUUUGGAAAUCUAGAGGGAACGGAACCUAUUUCAGAACUAGAAGAGAUUCAUUUGGAUUAUCGCGUGAAAAGGCUUUUGGAGGUAUUCGAACCUCACAGUGGUUGGAGGAAUUCUGUUAGGAAAAUGAUUGAUCUUCUUGAAGUUUGUGUUUCUUGGUAUAGAUUCUUCAAAAAUGAAACUGAAAAGAAGGAAGUUAGUAGCUUGAACAAUGCUAGCAAAGAAGUCUCCAAGAUUUUUCUUGAGUUUUUAAGAGAAAGAUUCAGUUCUCCGUCAUUACAAAUUAAGAAUUGCAUCUCAAUUCUCUGUACUCAUUUGUCCAGAAAUUUCAUACCAGAUUAUAAUCUUGAACAAAUUGCUGAACUUGUCAAUUCGCUUGAUUCAAUUGAAUUGCUGUUCACUCAAAUACAUGCAACUUCCGAAGAACUUCUGGAGGUGGAUUUUUCGAAUUCAACUAGAACUGAGGGUUGUCAAUCUGUCGUGAAUACACUAACCCUUUUUUAUUUGAGGAUAAAGGAAUGUAUUUCUAGUCUUCAAACUCUGCUUCAUUUCUUUGAUGGACUUCUUCCAACUGCCAUGGAUACAGCUUCAGCAAAGGAUUUCUGUUUCAAGAUGGCUUCCUUAAUAUUUUGCACUUGUUCUUCUUCAUAUGAACUGCAUUCAUUGGCAAUGGGGCCACUGAACUUGUUAAUAGUUGAUGAUGCUGCACGGUUGAAAGAGUGUGAAUUGUCCAUUUCCUUGCAACUACCAGGUCUGAAACAUGCUGUUCUUUUCGGUGAUCAUUGCCAAUUACAAGCAUCCAUUUGUAGCAAUGUGAGUAUACUGGACGUAAGAAUUACUAGGAUAGAGAAAUGUACAAGAUCGGUUUCUGCAAAAGCUGGUCUUGCAAGAAGCCUGUUUGAACGCAUGAUCUUGAGGGAUGUGCCAAAGAAGGUUUUGGAUUUGCAGUAUAGGAUGCAUCCAUUCAUUAGUUCAUUCCCAAAUUCUAAGUUCUAUGCAAAUCGAAUAUUGGAUGCCUUGAAUGUGAGACAAAAAGAUUACUGUAAACACUAUCUUCCAGGACCACUUUUUGGCCCAUAUUCUUUCAUUAAUGUUUCUUGUGGAAAAGAAGAAAUGGAUUAUUUUAAAUAUAGCAGGAAAAAUAUGCUUGAGGUUGCUAUUGUGGUAAAAAUCAUAGACAAUCUAUACAAAGCUUGGAAAGAGUCAAAACAGCAGCUUAGCAUUGGUAUAACUUCUCCAUACACAGCACAAGUACUUGAAAUACGGGAGAGACUUGAACAGAAAUACAAGUGCUUUGACGGGUUUAAAGUGAAAGUGAGGCUAAUCGACGAGUUACAGGGUGAAGAAGACGACAUAAUAAUUUUGUCCACUGUAAGAUCAAAUUGUGGUGGUUCGAUUGGACUUCUUUCAGAUCUCCAGAGAACUAAUGUUGCUUUGACAAGGGCCAGACACAGUCUUUGGAUUUUGGGGAAUGAAAGAGCUCUAUCUGAAAGUGAAUCAUUCUGGACACAUAUUGUCCAUGAUGCUAAGGAACGUCAGUGCUUCUUCAACUUCGAUGAAGACGAAAACCUUAGGAAAUUUAUAAUAGAAGUCAAGACAGAGCUCGAUCAAUUUGAUGAAUUGCUUGAUGCUGAUAGUUUUCUUUUCAGAAGUGCUAGAUGGGAGGUGAUAAAUUCUGAUUUCAUAUUCAUUGUUACAUGCUAUAUUGAUUACUACUUGGACUUUUCAGAUCCAUCAUCAUACAUUCAAGCCUUGAAGGUUUGGGAUAUACUGCCACUAGUAGAAAUUCCAGAGUUGGUUAAAAGUCUUGAUAUCACAUUCUGUACUUACACCGAUGAGUAUAUUAAUCGCUGCAAGGAAAAAUAUCUUGAAGGAGUUCUGGAAGUUCCAAUGAGUUGGGAAAAUGCCAAUGUUAUUGUCUGCCAUAAGAGAUCUACUGAAGCUCUUAAUGGAACAAGCAGCAGCAGCUUGUUACUAAUGAAAUUCUACUCCUUGUCAUCUGGUAUUGUGGAUCAUUUGAUCACAAGCUGUGGUGGUGAAGAAAUGGAAUUUCCUUUUGAACUAAGUAGCCAAGAAUUGGAGAUUGUUCAUUUCAAUAGAAGCUCUUUUGUACUAGGGAGGUCGGGGACUGGAAAAACAACUGUUUUGAUUGGAAAGUUAUUUCAGAAAGAGCGGCUACAUCAUAUAGCUUCGGAAGGUUUUCAUGAAUUAAACUGUUGUAUUUCCAAGGAUAAUAAAACGGAGGAUGGUGAAAGCGCUGAAGAGAUCAAGGAAUCUCAUCUAAGGCAAAUUUUUGUGACAUUUAGCCCUAAUCUUUGUUAUGCUGUUAAACAACAUAUUUCAGGCUUGAAAAGAUUUGCUUGUGGUGGGGAUUCUUCGAAAGAGAGCACAACAGCUCGUUUGGAUGACAUUGAUGGAUCGAUGGAGUUUACAGAUAUACCAGAUUCUUUUAUUGAUCUGCCUCCUAAAUUAUACCCUCUUGUUAUAACCUUUCAUAAGUUCCUCAUGAUGCUGAAUGGUACAGUAGGCAGUUCAUUCUUUCAUAGAUUCCCAGAAGCAAGAGGGCCUUCUCAAGGCAAUACAAGUAGUUCAAAGUCACUGGCUCUAAAAACUUUUAUUAGAAUGAAGGAAGUUAAUUUUGACAAAUUCAAAUCAUCUUACUGGCCCCAUUUCAGUAUGCACCUACCCAAGAAUCUUGAAUCGUCCACUGUUUUCACAGAAAUAAUGUCUUAUAUAAAGGGUAAGUUGCAAUCUGGGAAGGCUUGUGAUGAUAGACUUCGGACGGAUUAUAUUUCACUAUCUGGGAGGCGGGUGUCAAAGUUAAGCAUGCAAGAAAGAGAGAGUAUAUGA